UUUCGCUGUCUAUAUGGCAACACCCACAACUGCAGUUCAGUUAACAACACUGACCAGGAAGUCUUUAGAAGCGCUGUACUGUCCCCCCCAUGUUAUUUUUGCAGGCUGCACACCGAACAAGGUGAUGUUAAUGUUUCAAAAUGAGUAAGAGGAAACUGAAAGUGAUCAGUGGUGCGACAGCUGUCAAGAGCCGCAGACUGACAGCUGUGGGUAUGGAAGAUGCACCAGAUGAUAGGAAGCAUCAGAGACCUUCCUCCAGCAGCCUCACUCCCUCUGCCACAGGAGAUAUUGGCGUCAUUGAGAGUAUCACUCUCAAGAAUUUCAUGUGUCACCAUUUGCUCGGUCCGUUCCAGUUUGGGUCCAAUGUGAAUUUUAUCGUUGGCAACAAUGGAAGUGGGAAAAGUGCAAUCCUGACUGCUUUGAUUGUAGGCCUCGGUGGAAAAGCCACUGUCACAAACAGAGGAGCGUCUCUGAAGGAUUUUGUGAAGACCAAUGAGAAUGCUGCAGAUAUAACAAUAAAGCUGAAAAACAGAGGACCAGAUGCUUAUAAAAGGGACGUCUACGGCGACUGUAUCUCUAUCGAGCACCGGAUCUUCAGUGAUGGAUCUCGAAACUGCAGACUGAAGAGCAAAUCAGGACAACUUAUCUCAAACAAGAAGGAGGAGCUGACCAGCAUUUUGGACCACUUUAACAUCCAGUUGGAUAACCCGGUGUCCAUUCUCAACCAAGAAAUGAGUAAACAGUUCCUGCAUUCAAAAAGUGAAUCAGACAAGUAUAAGUUCUUCAUGAAAGCAACUCUGCUGGAACAGAUGAGGAGAGAUUACGUCCACAUCAAGCUCACUAAAACAGUAACACGACAGCAGGUUGAGAGACAGGAGGAGUCUCUCAAGGACCUGAAGCAAGAGUUUCUGCAGAAGAAAGAGAGGUAUGAAAAAUUGCCGUCCUUCAGUGAGAUAAAGGUGGUUUUGGAGAAUCUGAAGAAAGCAAUGGCCUGGUGUUUGGUCAAAGAGAAGGAGCAGUUGGUACAGCAGUUAAAGGAGGACGUUGAAAAUGAAGCCAAUAAUUACAAACAUCAGGAGAACCUUCAGCUCUGUCAGACUAAGGUCACACAAGUAGAAAAGAAGCUUCAGUGCAUCAAAAGCAGAGUUACCAGCAUGAAAAAGGAACAAGAGUCUCUAUCAAAGGACAAUCUGAAUUUGAAAGAGCAAGUGAAGGCAAUCAGCAAAGCUCACAAGGAACAGGAGCUCGUUUAUUUUCGGGCGCUGAACAAACUCAAACAGUCAGAGCAGGAGCAAAACCUUCUCGAGGAGAAAAUUAAAAAGGCAAAAACAAGUGCAAGCCUGAACAACGAGGAAGAGACGGAAUAUAGUGCACAGCAGAAGAAAAUAUCCAGUCUGAAAGAGCAGCUUGCAGAGCUUGAGAAAAAGUGCUCCCAGCUGAAUGACGAGAUCAAAAACAAACAUCAGGCACUUUACAAAGGAAAGGAGGAAAGGGACAAGCUGAGAUUGGAGGAAAGAAACAUCCAGGUUUUGUACGAGUCCAAACUGAGGAGGAAGAAUCAGGUCCUCGCCAGUCGAUCAAACAAACUGAAGCGGUUUGGAGAUCACGUACCCGACCUGCUGGGUGCAAUUGCUGAGGCGUACGCCACAGGGCGCUUUCUCAAGAGACCCGUUGGUCCGAUAGGGGCGUGCAUCAGUUUGAAGGAUCCCAUGUUGGCUGUAGCCGUGGAGUGCUGUUUGCGGAGCUUUAUGAAGGCUUUCUGCUGUGACAACUACAAAGACGAGGCGGUCCUGCAGGAGCUGAUGUCUCAAUAUUACCCAAGGGGCAACAGGCCGCAGAUCAUUGUCAGCCCAUUCUCUGAAAAAGUUUACAACAUUCACGGACGGAAAGCACAUAAUCAAGAAUAUCCGUCUGUGCUGGACAUAAUCACAGCGUCAAGCCCCGUCAUUAUCAACUGCCUGAUUGAUAUGAGGGGGAUAGAAUCCAUUCUCAUAAUCAGAGAAAAAGACAAAGCGAGGAGAGUCAUGCAGCAAGGCCGGCCUCCUAAAAACUGUCGUGAAGCCUUCACUGUGGAGGGAGAUCAGGUGUACCCGAACCGUUAUUACACCUCCGACAUCAGCAUGGCCAAAUACCUUGGCGGGGAUCUGGAGUCUGAAAUAAGUAUGCUGGAGUCUGACCUGGAGAAUCACCAGGCUCAGCUGUCCAGGUUUCAGCUCCACGUCACCUCUGUGACGGAGGACAUCGUGAGCAUGGAGAGCGAGCUGAACAGCACCAUCAUGACCCUGAAGAAGACUCUGGUCUCUGUGAAUCAAGUCAAGGCGACAAUAACCGAGCUGGAGAAUGCUGGCGAGGAGCACAUCGAUGACAUCAGCUCCUUGGAAGAAGUUGCCCAUGAGAACCGACAGAAGAUCGAGGCAGAAAAGCAGACCGUUCAUGAGGCAAAGACGGAGCUCGACAAUCAUCAGAAAACAACAGAGGACAUCGAGUCCAAGUACUCCUCUGUUAGAGAUCGGAUUGAUCAGCUUUCUGAAGACACGGAGCCGUUAAUGGAUGAGCAGCUGAAGCUGGAGGCUGAGUGUGCCAAACACAAACGAACCCUUAAGAUUUUAGAAAACAAGCUGAAGGCUCAUGAAGACAACAUCCAAGCUAUGAGAAGUGACCUCUCCCAAAGAGAAGAAGAGUUACAGGAAUAUGUGGCCAAAGCCACAGAGAUCAGUCCUGAGCGGCAGCAGGUGACCCGCAGCCCCAAGAGCAUCGACACCGAGAUCACUCGGCUGCAGAAGAAACUCAAGGUGUACGAGAGCAACCACGGCGAGCACGAGCAUGUGGUCAGGGAGUACGCUGAGGCCCUCACUCUCUACAAAGAGAAAACCAACCAAGUGAGAGAUCUGCGGAGGUUCAUUGAUCGACUCGACAGCAUCAUGUCAGACAGGCAGUGCAGAUACAAAACAAUGCGUAGGUCCCUCUCGGUCAGAUGCAAGUUAUACUUCAAUAACUUUCUGAUAAAGAUGAACUGCUGUGGCUCUAUGAUUUUUGAUCACAACAAUGAGACACUAUCAAUCUCGGUGACACCUCCGGGAAGGGAGGAUAAUGGUGCGAGUGACAUGAGGUCGCUGUCUGGUGGUGAACGCUCCUUCUCCACCGUUUGCUUCAUGCUCUCCCUGUGGGAGAUCACCGAAUCACCUUUCAGAUGCCUCGAUGAGUUCGACGUCUACAUGGAUAUGCACAAUCGCAGAAUCUCUCUGGAUCUCCUCCUGGAGUUGUCAGAGCGGCAGCACCUUCGACAGUUUAUCUUCGUUACUCCCCUCACCACCAGCCAUUUGCCCAAAACCAACCUCAUCAAAAUCCACCAGCUUCAGGAUCCAGAAGGAGAUCGUAGUGAAGCGGUGGGUGACGAUGUUUGAACUGAGAUCCGGUGACAAAAACAUAAAAAGUGACAAGACAUAAAUAUGAAUGUUCAUGUGCUCACUGUAUAAUUCAGUGUUGCUGUAUGUGUUGUAAAUGUUAUUUCACAUUUGUUUGUUUUAGAGUAAUAUAGCAAAUAUUUGACAUGA